GUCUACCGCGCGCGCAGAAGCGAAUUUUCUCGCGGCGCCGGAAGUCCAGAGCACAUGACCGGGUGACAGCGCUCGCUGGGCUGCAGGGCUCGCUUUAGGUGUUGCGGCACGGGAUGGCGGAGGCGCCUCCUGUCUCAGGUGCUUUUAAGUUCAAUACGGAUGCUGCUGAGUUCAUUCCUCAGGAGAGAAAAAAUUCUGGUCUGUACUGUGGGAGUCAAAGGAGACUAGAUUCUAAUAGAAUUGGUAGAAGAAAUUACAGUUCACCACCUCCGUGUCACCUUUCCAGGCAAAUCUCUUAUGAUGACAUCUCUGCUGUUCAUCAGCACAGUUUUCAUCCUUCAGGAAGCAAACCUAAGAGUCAGCAGACUUCUUUCCAGUCCUCUGUUACUAACAAAUCUCUCAAGAACCAUGGCCUUCAGAAUCAACCUUGGCAGAAAUUGAGGAGUGAAAAGCAGCAUAUCAGAGUCAAGAGAGCACAGGGCCUCAUUGACCAGACCUCAGAUGCACCUGGCCUAGAAAACGUGGCCAAGUCAGAGAGUGGGACAAACCUCAGAGAGCACAGUCCUUCCGAGAGUGAGAAGGAAAUUGUCGGUGCAGAUCCAAGGGGAGCAAAACCCAAGAAAGCAACCCAAUUUAUAUACAGCUAUGGGAGAGGACCAAAAGUCAAGGGGAAACUCAAAAGUGAGUGGGGUCACAGAAUGACUCCCAAACCUGAGGAGGCAGGACCUGAAAACACCAAACCAGCAGGGGUUAUCCACCCUGACUCUUCAGAUGCUUCCUCUAGAAAAGUGGUAGCGGAUGGGGCCAGACGCGGCGAGCAGAGAAGACACCCACAGAAAAGGUCUCCCUGGGAAGUGGAGGGAGCAAGGCCACGGCCAGGCAGGAAUCCACCAAAACAGGAGGGCCAACGGCAUACAAACGCAGGGUCCAGAGACAACAUGGCCUCCAUUCCAAAGGAUGAUCUUAAUGAAAGGCCAGCAAAAUCCGCCUGUGACAGUGGGAACUUGGCAGUCGUCAGCAGGUCUUCUAGAAGGGCUGACCCAGAGAAAUGUGCUAUAAGGAGGCAGGAUCCUCAGGUAGCAUCUUUUCCCCGAGGCAAACAGAACCACAUGCUAAAGAAUGUGGAAACACACACAGGCUCUCUGAUUGAACAGCUCACCACAGAAAAAUACGAGUGCAUGGUGUGCUGUGAAUUGGUUCGUGUCACAGCCCCAGUGUGGAGUUGUCAAAGCUGUUACCAUGUGUUUCAUUUGAACUGCAUAAAGAAAUGGGCCAGGUCUCCAGCAUCUCAAGCAGAUGGCCAGAGUGGUUGGAGGUGCCCCGCAUGUCAGAAUGUUUCUGCACAUGUUCCUAAUACCUAUACUUGUUUCUGUGGCAAGGUAAAGAAUCCUGAAUGGAGCAGAAAUGAAAUUCCACAUAGCUGUGGUGAGGUCUGUAGAAAGAAACAGCCUGGCCAGGACUGCCCACAUUCCUGUAAUCUUCUGUGCCAUCCAGGACCUUGCCCACCCUGCCCUGCCUUCAUGACUAAAACAUGUGAAUGUGGACGGACCAGGCACACAGUUCGCUGCGGUCAGGCUGUCUCAGUUCACUGUUCUAACCCUUGUGACAAUAUUUUGAAUUGUGGUCAGCACCACUGUGCUGAGCUGUGCCAUGGGGGUCCAUGCCAACCUUGUCGGGUCAUAUUGAACCAGGUAUGCUACUGUGGCAGCACCUCCCGAGAUGUGUUAUGUGGAGCAGACAUAGGGAAGUCGGAUGGAUUUGGGGACUUUGGCUGUUUAAAGAUAUGUGGCAAGGACUUGAAAUGUGGGAACCAUACGUGUUCUCAAGUGUGUCACCCUCGGCCCUGCCAGCCGUGCCCACGGCUUCCCCAGCUGGUGCGCUAUUGCCCUUGUGGGCAAACUCCUCUCAGCCAGUUGCUGGAACUUGGAAGUAGUGGUCGGAAGACAUGCAUGGAUCCUGUGCCUUCAUGUGGAAAAGUGUGCGGCAAGCCUCUGCCUUGUGGUUCCCUAGAUUUCAUUCAUACCUGUGAAAAGCUCUGUCAUGAAGGAGACUGUGGACCAUGCUCUCGCACAUCAGUUAUUUCCUGCAGAUGCUCUUUCAGAACAAAGGAGCUUCCCUGUACCAGUCUCAAAAGUGAAGGUAUGACUGGGAAGGGGUGUGAUGGAACUUCUUGGGGUGAAGCAGAUGCUACAUUUAUGUGCGACAAGAGGUGUAACAAGAAACGGUUAUGUGGACGGCAUAAAUGUAAUGAGAUAUGCUGUGUGGAUAAGGAGCACAAGUGUCCUUUGAUUUGUGGGAGGAAACUCCGCUGUGGCCUUCAUAGAUGUGAAGAACCUUGUCAUCGUGGAAACUGCCAGACGUGCUGGCAAGCUAGUUUUGAUGAAUUAACCUGCCACUGUGGUGCAUCAGUGAUCUACCCUCCAGUUCCCUGUGGCACCAGGCCCCCUGAGUGUACCCAGACCUGUGCCAGAGUCCAUGAAUGCGACCAUCCAGUGUAUCAUUCUUGUCAUAGUGAGGACAAGUGCCCUCCUUGUACUUUCCUCACUCAGAAGUGGUGCAUGGGGAAACAUGAGUUACGAAGCAACAUUCCUUGUCACCUGGUUGAUAUCUCUUGUGGAUUACCCUGUGGUGCCACGCUACCAUGUGGGAUGCACAAGUGUCAGAGGCUCUGUCACAAAGGAGAAUGUCUGGGGGACGAGAUCUGCAAGCAGCCCUGCACCACCUCCAGAGCUGACUGUGGCCACCCGUGUAUGGCACCCUGCCACCUCAGCUUGCCCUGCCCAGUGACUGCCUGCAAGGCCAAGAUAGAGCUGCAGUGUGAAUGUGGACGAAGAAAAGAAAUCAUGGUUUGCUCAGAAGCAUCCAGUACUUAUCAAAGAAUAGCUGCUAUUUCCAUGGCCUCCAAAAUAACAGACAUGCAGCUUGGAGAUUCAGUGGAGAUCAGCAAGUUGAUUACUAAGAAGGAAAUUCACCAAGCCAGGCUGGAGUGUGAUGAGGAAUGUUCAGCCUUGGAAAGGAAAAAGAGGUUAGCAGAGGCAUUUCAUAUCAGUGAUGAUUCUGAUCCUUUCAACGUACGUUCUUCAGGGUCAAAAUUCAGUGACAGUUUGAAAGAAGAUGCUAGGAAGGACUUAAAGUUUGUCAGCGACAUUGAGAAGGAAAUGGAAGCCCUUGUGGAGGCCGUGAAUAAGGGGAAAAAUAGUAAGAAGAGCCACUGCUUCCCUCCCAUGAACAGAGACCACCGCCGGAUCAUCCACGAUCUGGCCCAGGUGUACGGCCUGGAGAGCGUGAGCUAUGACAGUGAGCCAAAGCGCAACGUCGUGGUCACUGCGGUCAGAGGGAAGUCCAUUUGUCCUCCUACCACACUGACAGGUGUACUCGAAAAGGAGAAUCAGUCACGGCCUCCGCCACCGAUUGCUCAUCACAGACAGACAGACAAGAAUCCUGGGAGCAGCAAUUUACAGAAGAUUGCGAAGGAGCCAGUAAUUGACUACUUUGAUGUCCAGGACUGAGGAGAUCAUGACACACUUAGGAAAAAAAAUGAUUGGGUGUGAUGGAGAUUUUUUCCCCGCAGAUAAAUCAUGCUUGUUCCCGACCGCCUGGUGGACUCACAGCUCACCUACUGUCUUGACCUUGAUACUUGCAAACCACGAUUGUGUCAGAAAUCCCCUUGUCCGCUCUGCUGUGUGUAAAGUGUCUCACUAUGUCUCACUAUU